AUGGAGAUGACUAAUGUAGUACCUAAGUAUUAUCAGAAUAUCCUGGCCUUGGCAUUUGCAGUGAAGGAGAUCAAUGCAAACCCUCAGAUCUUACCCAAUCUUACUUUGGGUUUCCACAUCUAUGACAGCUAUGACAAUGCAAGGAGGACCUAUCAUGCCAUAUUGCUACUGCUAUCAGCACUAAAGAGAUUGCUUCCUAACUAUGUAUGUGACAUUCAGCAAAAUCUAAUAGCAAUCAUUGGAGGACUGGAACCCCAAAUUUCUCUUUAUGUGGCAACCAUACUGGAUAUCUAUAAGAUUCCACAGGUCAUAUAUGGCUCCACUCCAAUAAUGAAUGAUAAAACCCCAGGCCUUGCCUUCUACCAGAUGGUCCCUCAGGAAGCCCAUCAGUAUGCAGGAAUUCUUUCUUUGCUCCUACAUUUUAAGUGGACAUGGAUCGGGAUCCUUAUUAUGGAUGAUGAGAAUGGAGAAAGAUUUGUGCAAGCUGUGUUUGAAGAAUUUUCCCAGAAAGGUGUCUGUUUUGCCUUCAUAGAAAGAGCCCCCAAAUUCAUUUCUGUCAGUCAGUUUAACAAUAUGCUACAACAGGGUGCAAAAAUAUAUGACAGUAUCAUGGGCAGCAAAGCUAACACAGUGCUUUUCUAUGGAGAUUCUUAUUCCAUGGUGGUUCUGAGAUGGUUGUUGUAUCUACCAGCAAUUGAGCAUGUUGUAAACCAACCCAAAGGAAGAGUGUGGAUAAUGACAGCUCAGAUGGAACUCAUUUCUUUCCUCUAUCAAAGGUAUUGGGAUACAGAAAUAAUCCAUGGUGCUCUGUCUUUCAUGAUUCACUCCAAUGAUCUACCAGGAUUCAAGACAUUUGCUCAGAGAAGAAACCCUUCCAGCACAAAAGAAGAUGGGUUUAUCAGAGACUUCUGGCACCAAGUCUUUGACUGUGAUCUCCCAAAUACUACUGUGAGUGAAGUGGAUGGGAAUAUGUGCACUGGGAAAGAGAAGCUAGAGAGUCUUCCAGAGAUCUUCUUUGAGAUGAGCAUGACUGGUCACAGCUACAGCAUCUACAAUGCUGUGUACGCAGUGGCACAUGCUUUGCAUGCCAUAUCGUCUUCAAGAGCCUUGACAGAAAAAAGAGUACUGAACUUCCAUAAUCAAGAUUCAUGGCAGCUCCACCACUUUCUGAGAGGUAUUUCAUUUAACAACACUGCUGGGGAUGAGGUUUCCUUCAAUCACAAUGGAGAAUUGGUAGCUGGAUUUGAUCUUAUCAACUUGAUCGCUUCUGUAAACAAAUCCUUUCACAGAGUGCACAUCGGGAGGAUCGACCCCAAAGCUCCUCCAGAGCAAGUUUUCAGCAUCAACGAGAGUGCCAUAACAUGGCCCAACUGGUUUAACCAGACACAGCCUCUUUCUAUCUGCACUGAGAGUUGCCAUCCUGGUUCUAUCAAGAAAGCGAAAGAUGGAGAGCCAUUUUGUUGCUAUGAUUGUAUUCCAUGCCCAGUAGGGAAGAUUUCAGACCAGAAAGACAGGAAUGAGUGUCACAAAUGCAAAGAUGAAAACUAUCCAAACAAAAACCGGGAUUUCUGUAUUCCUAAGAUUGUAACCUUCUUGUCCUAUGAAGAACCUUUGGGGCUCAGUUUAACGUGUUUUGCUGUUUCCUUUGCUCUUAAUACAGCUCUGGUGCUAGGAACAUUUAUGAAGCACCAUGACACUCCUAUAGUCAUAGCAAACAACAGGAACCUCACUUACACUCUCCUCAUCUCACUUCUGUUCUGCUUCCUUUGUGCAUUGCUAUUUAUUGGCCAGCCUCAGAAUGUGGCAUGUCUCCUCCGACAAACUGCUUUUGGUGUCAUCUUCUCUGUUGCUGUUUCUUGUGUGCUGGCAAAAACCAUCACAGUGGUUCUGGCUUUCAUGGUCACCAAACCAGGAUCCAGGAUGAGGAAGUGGAUAGGGAAAAGACUGGCCAACUCCAUUGUUCUUUUCUGUUCUUUUGUCCAGGUAGGCAUUUGUAUUGUGUGGCUGGUAACUUCUCCCCCAUACCCAGAUGUAGACAUGCACUCAAUGACUGAAGAAAUUGUACUAGAAUGUAAUGAGGGGUCUGUGAUAAUGUUUUGCUGUGUCCUCAUCUACAUGGGCUGCCUAGCAAUUAUCAGUUUCACUGUGGCUUUCCUUGCCAGGAAGUUACCUGACAGUUUCAAUGAAGCCAAGUUUAUCACUUUCAGCAUGUUGGUUUUUUGCAGUGUUUGGCUGUCCUUUAUUCCCUCCUAUCUGAGCACUAAAGGAAAAUACAUGGUAGCUGUGGAGAUCUUCUCUAUUUUAGCCUCCAGUGCUGGGCUUCUGGUGUGCAUCUUUGCCCCAAAAUGUUAUAUUAUUUUGUUAAGGCCUGAAAUGAACAAUAAGGAACAGCUUGUAAGAAGGAAAAAAUGA